UUGAGUUUUUUUGUCCUCCCCUCUCUCUUCUCUCUCACACACACACAUCCCCUUUCUCACUCUCUCCGUCUCUGUCUUUUCCCGUGCAACAGUGUGCAAUCCGUCUUUCCCCCACUAGACAGACAAAGCGAAAUAGCGACUGAGACGAAUAGGAGGGGAAGAGGGAACAGAAAGGAGUAGAGACGGGGAGAGAGGGAAGGGCUGAUACAUAAAGAGGCACAGAGGAAUUGAUGGAAUGACAGUCUGGUGUCAGGGGACACACUGACAGAGAGAGAGAGAGAGAAGAAAAAGGGAGGGUGUGCAUGGUAGAGGGAGAAAGAGAGAUACACGGGAUGUAAAAUAGGCAGCUUCAGUGACAGCGUAGACAAAGGUAGCUUCAGAGUGCAUGUGCGCCCUCUAUUUCAUUCACACUCUUUCUUUCACACGCACGUAGAAAUUCUCCCUCUCUCUCUUUCUCACUCACUCACUAACUCACACAGACACACGCACACACCCUCGAGCAGAAGCAGCAGAGCUGAGUGGGUGUGAGGCAGCAUGAGAAGUGAUAUCUGUACUUCCACACAUACAGCUGGUUGAUGGACUAACUUAAUUACAUCACACACACACACACACCUAGUGCACGCACACUCACUAGCACACCUUGAUUAGAGGCGGGCAGAAACACACGUAUACACACACAAACGCAAGAGCAUACACAACGUGUCUGCAGCCAGAAGUCAACAUGGGUCUUGUGAUGGGAACCUUUUCCAUGCAAACCAAGCAGGUGAACUACCACAAAGACAGAGCUGACGAUGACUUGGACAUGACGAUGGUGUCCCAUCGACCGGAGGGCCUCGACAAGCUAGAAGCUCAAACCAACUUCAGCAAAAGAGAGCUCCAAGUGUUGUACCGGGGCUUUAAGAAUGAGUGUCCAAGUGGGGUUGUAAAUGAAGAAACCUUCAAGCAGAUAUACUCCCAGUUCUUCCCUCAUGGAGAUGCCAGCACCUAUGCACACUUCCUGUUCAAUGCAUUUGACUCAGCACAUACCGGCUCCAUAAAGUUUGAGGACUUUGUGACAGCUCUGUCCAUCCUGCUGAGGGGCUCCGUCACGGAGAAGCUACAGUGGACCUUCAACCUUUAUGAUAUCAACAGAGAUGGAUACAUCAACAAAGAGGAGAUGACGGACAUCGUCAGAGCGAUAUAUGACAUGAUGGGGAAGUACACUUACCCUGUGUUGAAAAAUGAUGCACCCAAACAGCAUGUGGAUGCCUUCUUUCAGAAAAUGGACAAAAACAGAGACGGUGUGGUCACUCUGGAUGAAUUCAUCUUUUCUUGCCAAGAGGAUGAAAACAUCAUGAGGUCUCUACAGCUCUUUGAAAAUGUCAUCUAGACAACAGAGACGAGGGAGACGGUGCAACAGAUAGAAGCACAGAGCGAGAAAAGAACAAAGAAGAAAGAGAAGAAAGAGUGCAUAUGAUCGAGAAAGGGAACAGGAUGGCUGAAACAAAGAUCUUGUCGCUUUGUGCGGGACGAUUGCCACAGAACUUCAUGGAAGGCGUCUUCCUGUAACAAAUCCGCGACCACAAAAACCAUCACUGGUUUUUGGAAAAUGUCCUUAACACCCUAAACGCUUCAUUUGACCUCCCUGUGACCAUUUACCGUGUCCCCAUCUCCCUCGUUUGUUGUCAUUACUGUUUGUACUGACAUUGUGUAAAUACUGAUCCUCUCACAUUUGGUCCAAUACUUUUUUUUGAAGUAUGUAAACUGAACCACAUUAUCAAGCAGGACUGGAAUUCCUCAGAUAAGCUUAGCAGUGAGAUCAAACAAAUGCAAACUGUGUGCAUUAGAGGCUUAAAUAAUGGCAUCAUGAAUUUUCUGUGUCAAUACAACAAAUGUGAGCAAUAUUGUGAAGCAUGCAAGACAGAGGCCUACGGCAUAUUUAACGUAUGUGUGUGCCAUAAAAGAAACUCGGUGGCAAUAUACUCUUGCUAAAGUGCAUACAUUUGGGAAGCCACGGCCUGGAUGCAGCAUCUCACACCUCAUCUGUUUAGAGACGUCCACUAAAUUCAGACUCAGGCCUGUAAAGGUUUGCAGAGCUGAAUUUGGCCUCAGACAGCUUGCAGCAGUCUUGCGUCUUGUGACAGCUUCUUCAAAAGCCCUCUUUAACUCCUACUGUUUGUUCCAGUGGUGUCAGUCAGUGUUUCAGUGUUGUAAUGCCUUGACUGUAGAUAUUUAACUGUCGUAUCUCUGGCUUCUUUACACUGUAUGGAAUCAUUUGUGUCUUGUCUGUGUGUUUCUCGUUCUGACUAUCUGUCUAUCUUUCUGUCAAAUGUCAAAUUGGAUUUUAACUGUAAUUAGUCUACCUUUAAAUUAAGAGUCCAUUUAGACGUUUACUGGGACACAGACGCAGAGUGAUAAAGGGACAAGCAUGUGUUUGUGUGUGUGUGUGUGUGUGUGUGGUGUCCUGAUGUAAAGUUUCUGUUUGCCUGAAUCAAACUGAGUGUUAUUCUUUUAGCAUGUAGCUUCUUCUUGUGGAUGUCAGUUCAGAUCAACUGAUUGUGUUUCUGCUAGAGAGGAGAGUUUUGUCAGCA